UGCGCUGGUCCUAGUCCCAGUGUGUGUGUGUGUAUAUGUGUGUGUGUCAGUCCUGGUCCAAGAGUGUAUUCCUUGACUGUAGCUGUCCAUACGUGGUUUGAGAGGAUCAGCAUUAUGGUCAUCCUGCUCAACUGUGUCACCCUGGGGAUGUACCAGCCUUGCGAGAACAUAGACUGCACUUCUGAUCGCUGCCAGAUACUGCAGGCGUUCGAUGCGUUCAUCUACAUCUUCUUUGCGUUGGAGAUGGUGGUCAAGAUGGUGGCUCUGGGGAUCUUUGGACAGCGUUGUUACCUAGGAGACACCUGGAACCGGCUGGACUUCUUCAUCGUCAUGGCGGGGAUGGUGGAGUACUCGUUGGAUCUGCAGAAUAUCAACCUUUCAGCCAUCAGAACAGUCCGGGUUCUCAGACCUCUCAAAGCCAUCAACAGAGUUCCCAGCAUGCGUAUCCUGGUGAACCUGCUGCUGGACACGCUGCCCAUGCUUGGGAACGUCCUACUGCUCUGCUUCUUCGUUUUUUUCAUAUUCGGCAUCAUCGGCGUGCAGCUGUGGGCGGGGCUUCUGAGGAACCGCUGCUACCCCGAGAAGAACUUCUCUCUCUCCGCCUCCCUGCCCACCCCCUACUACCAACCAGAGGAGGACGACGAGCGGCCCUUCAUCUGCUCGCUUGCCGCCGACAACGGCAUCAUGUCAUGCGCCGAUGUGCCAGCGCGCCGCGAGGGAGGCCGAAUCUGCUGCAUGAGCAAAGAGGACGCCCUGGAGCGCCAGACGCAAGGCCUCAGCCCGGACCCGCUGGUCAACAGCAGCGUGGAGGCUGUGGGGCUCUGCAUCAACUGGAACCAAUACUACAAACGCUGCCACACUGGCAACAGCAACCCACACAAGGGAGCUAUCAACUUUGACAAUAUAGUCUACGCCUGGAUAGUCAUCUUUCAGGUGAUCACUCUGGAGGGCUGGGUGGAGAUCAUGUACUACGUCAUGGAUGCUCACUCCUUCUACAACUUCAUCUACUUCAUCUUCCUCAUCAUCAUCGGCUCGUUCUUCAUGAUCAACCUGUGCUUGGUGGUCAUCGCCACCCAGUUCUCGGAGACCAAGCAGCGAGAGCAUCAGCUGAUGCAAGAGCAGCGGGCCCAGUGCCUUUCCUCUUCCACGCUGGCUAGCCUGGCCGAGCCAGGAGACUGCUACGAGGAGCUCUUCCAGCUGGUCUGCCACGUCCUGCGAAAGGCCAAACGCCGCUCCGCUGCCCUCUACCACUCCCUGAGGGGGAGGCCCCUUCCCGCAGGGGGAGGCAGAGCCAACAGGAAAGGAGGAGGGGGAGGAGGAGGAGGGAAAGCCAACAGCAACAGGCAUCAUUUGAGGCAGUCACGACAUUCUCACUGUCCUCACCAGAACAAGCCAGAGCACCAAACCAGACCCCUGGCCAACUCCCUAGCCUUGACCGUCAACCAAAACCCUGAGGACUGCCCCCAGUGUGCUGCCAUCCUGUCACUCAGGGAAGAGGUGGGAGCUGUGGACAACUCAGCCAAUGGAGAGGAGGAGGAAGCUGUGGAGGAGACAGACAGGGAGGAGAAUCAUCUGGAGGAUUGGAGGGAGGAGGAGAAGAAGAAAAGGAAAUGUUUUGGGCGUUGCAAAGACACCUGGGACGAGAUGAGGAGGAAGCUAUGGGGGAUUGUGGAGAGCAAAUACUUCAACAGGGGGAUAAUGAUCGCUAUCCUUAUCAACACCAUCAGCAUGGGCAUUGAACACCACAACCAGCCAGAGGAGCUAACCAACGUACUGGAGAUAAGCAACAUAGUGUUCACCAGUAUGUUCACCCUGGAGAUGGUGCUCAAGCUGACGGCCUCCGGGUUCUUCGCCUACCUGAGGAACCCUUACAACAUCUUCGACGGCAUCAUUGUCUUCAUCAGUGUGUGUGAGAUAAUCGGCCAGUCGGAUGGGGGUCUGUCUGUGUUGAGGACCUUUCGUCUGCUGAGGGUCAUCAAGCUGGUGAGGUUCAUGCCUGCGCUGAGGAGACAGCUGGUGGUGCUGAUGAAGACCAUGGACAAUGUGGCCACCUUCUGCAUGCUUCUCAUGCUCUUCAUCUUCAUCUUCAGUAUCUUGGGGAUGCACAUCUUCGGCUGUAAGUUCAGUCUGAAGACGGACGCUGGAGACACUGUUCCUGACAGGAAGAACUUUGACUCCCUACUGUGGGCCAUCGUCACUGUGUUUCAGAUCCUAACUCAAGAGGACUGGAACAUGGUGCUGUAUAACGGCAUGGCCUCCACCUCUCCCUGCGCUGCCCUAUACUUUGUAGCCCUCAUGACCUUUGGGAACUACGUCCUGUUUAACCUGCUGGUGGCCAUCUUGGUGGAGGGCUUCCAGGCUGAGGGGGACGCCAACCGCUCAUACUCAGAGGACGACAGGUCGUCGUGUAACUUCGAUGAGAGUGACAAGCUGAAGGACUCUCUCCAUCUCUCAGACCCUAAGAUCUGCACCCUCACUCCCAACGGUCCCCUGGACAUGUCCCUGGCCCCUGUGGGUUUCUACCCUGCUGACCGGCUGACUUUUGCAUUGGGGUCCCGCAAGAGCAGUGUCAUCUCCCUGGGCAGGGCCAGUCUGGAGCAGCGGGCUAUGUGUCCCGGGCAGGGGUACCACAACUGGGGUCGUCCCAACCCCCCUCUGACUCAAGCCCUGUGGGCGCGUCGCUCCAGCUGGAACAGCCUGGGCCGGCCCUCCUCCCAUGCCUACGCAGGGCUUGGAGGGGGGGGGGGCAGCCUCCGCGUCCAAGGCACCACCUACGGUAGCCCUCUCUUCCCCCCCCUUGGCCACACCCUCCCUGCGGAGCAGGAGUCCCUCCUCUGCCCCCCUCCCACCUGGCCCGUCCCCCUCCACCGCCACUGCGGUCCCCGGCGGGAGAGACGUGCACUGUCCCUGGAGCUGCCAGAGCUGUUCCUUAUGCCGCAGCACACCCUGGCACCGGGCUGCGCUAUCCCCAGGAAGAAGAGCUUCUCUGGGGGCACUCUGGGAGGAGGAGGAGGGGUGGGCGGUGGUGAGCACCAAGACUGCAAUGGCAAGACUCCAAUGUCCCAGCUCCAGCCACCCCCUCGCCACUCCCAUGCCCAGGUCCUGGCAGAGGUUUUCCCCCAAGUCAAUGCACGGAAAGACCGGGAGGACCUGGAGGACGAGAUUGACUAUAGUCUGUGUUUCCGCAUUCAGAAGAUGUUGGAGGUGUACAGGCCAGACUGGUGUGACACCAGAGAACACUGGUCUGUUUUCUUGUUUUCUCCUCAGAACAAAUUUAGGAAGAUGUGCCAGUCCAUUAUUGCCCACAAGAUGUUUGACUACAUUGUGCUGGCCUUUAUCUUCUCCAAUUGCAUCACUGUGGCCCUAGAGAGACCCAAGAUUCUUCAGGGCAGCCUGGAAAGAGUCUUCCUUACCAGUUCCAACUACAUCUUCACAGCCAUCUUUGUAGGGGAGAUGACACUUAAGGUGGUGUCUAUGGGGUUGUACAUAGGUGAGCAGGCCUAUCUGCGCAGCAGCUGGAACAUUCUAGAUGGAUUCCUGGUCUUUGUGUCUUUGAUUGACAUUGUCGUAUCAAUGGCGGGUGGAGCUAAGAUCUUGGGGGUGCUGAGGGUUCUCCGGCUGCUUCGAACACUGCGCCCCCUCAGGGUGAUCAGCAGAGCUCCAGGUCUAAAGCUGGUGGUGGAGACCCUCAUCACGUCUCUUAAGCCUAUCGGCAACAUUGUCCUCAUCUGCUGCGCCUUCUUCAUAAUCUUCGGCAUCCUUGGGGUGCAGCUCUUCAAAGGCAAGUUAUUUUACUGCUUCGGCAUAGAUGUCAAGAACAUCACCAACAAGUCCGACUGUUUGCAGGCCAACUACAAAUGGGUCCAUCACAAGUACAACUUUGACAAUCUGGGACAGGCUCUGAUGUCCCUGUUUGUGCUGGCCUCUAAGGAUGGCUGGGUCAACAUCAUGUACCAUGGUCUGGAUGCCGUAGGAGUGGAUCAGCAGCCAAUUACCAACAACAACCCCUGGAUGCUGCUCUACUUCAUCUCCUUCCUACUCAUCGUCAGCUUCUUCGUGCUCAACAUGUUUGUGGGUGUGGUAGUGGAGAACUUCCACAAGUGCCGUCAGCACCAGGAGGUGGAGGAGGCCAAACGGAGGGAGGAGAAGAGACAGAGGCGCAUGGAGAAAAAGAGGAGGCAGGCCCAGAAGGUCCCCUACUACGCCAGCUACAGUCAUGUACGUCUGAUGAUCCACACCCUUUGUACCAGCCACUACCUGGACCUCUUCAUCACCUUCAUCAUCUGCAUCAACGUCAUCACUAUGUCCCUGGAGCACUACAGCCAACCACACAGUCUGGAUCUGGCGCUGAAGUAUUGUAAUUAUUUCUUCACCUCCACCUUUGUGCUGGAGGCAGUUCUGAAGCUCAUAGCCUUUGGAUUUCGACGCUUCUUCAAAGACAGAUGGAACCAGCUGGAUUUGGCCAUCGUGCUGCUGUCAGUGAUGGGCAUCACUCUGGAGGAGAUAGAAAUCAGCGCUGCCCUGCCCAUCAACCCCACCAUAAUCAGAAUCAUGAGGGUGCUGAGGAUAGCACGAGUUUUGAAGUUGUUGAAGAUGGCUACAGGAAUGAGAGCUCUGCUGGACACAGUGGUUCAGGCCCUACCACAGGUGGGUAACCUGGGUCUGCUCUUCAUGUUGCUGUUCUUCAUCUAUGCCGCGUUGGGGGUGGAGCUGUUUGGAGAGCUAGUAUGCAACGCAGACUACCCCUGCGAGGGGAUGAGUCGUCAUGCCACCUUCGAGAACUUUGGCAUGGCUUUCCUCACGCUCUUCCAGGUCUCCACCGGGGACAACUGGAACGGGAUCAUGAAGGACACGCUGAGGGAGUGCCCUCCAGACCACGGGGUGGACUUCUCCUGCAACCCCAGCCUGCAGUUCAUCUCCCCCAUGUACUUCGUCUCCUUCGUCCUCACUGCCCAGUUUGUGCUCAUCAACGUGGUGGUGGCCGUGCUGAUGAAGCACUUGGACGACUCCAACAAGGAGGCCAAGGAGGAGGCGGAGAUGGAUGCCGAGAUCGAGAUGGAGUUGGCCCAGGGGACCCUUUGCUGUAUGGGCGGACUGGGGGGCCCAGGAGGGGCGGGGAUCGGCUGUACAGGAGUGGAGGAGGGCGGGGGAGGGGGGGAGAAGGGAAUGGUGGGGUGUUCUGGGAUGAGCAUACGACACAUGGAAACCACGCACCCAGGACCACAUGAACACCCCGACCCCGACAACCGCAAGCUGUACUCACCUGCACAGAUCAGGAUGGCGGAGAUCGAGCAGGCGUCUUUGAGGUCUGAGCAGCUCUCUGACAACUCAUCCUCUCCAGCACUCCCUGAUGACCUCAGCCUUGAUGAACACACCAUCUACCAGCUGCAGGAGGGGAAGGGGCAAGACAGCAGUGACUCGCACAGCUCAGAGGAGGCCGGAGGGGGCGAGGCAGGGGGCCAGCGAACCCAAGUCCAGGAUCAGGCAGAUGGGGUCGGGCCGUGCAGGGUCCUGAACUCAAGCCUUGAGGAGGGAGACACGCUCCUGGACCUGAAACUCCAACAGAGACAGCCUCAUGGAGGCCCCCCAUGCACCCACAGCCCAGCUUCCUGUAACAGGAACAAGGAAGGAGUUGGGGGAAAAGGGCAAAGGGGCAGAGCCAGCGCCUGCACCUCGCCUCUCUUCCGCCCUUCCGAGUUCUUCCACCCUGCGGCCAGUGCCAUCCCAGCACCCCCGAUAGCCCGUAGGGGGCGCACCUCCAGGGGGCUCCGCCUGACCUCGCCUGCUUCCUGGGCUUCCCUACGCUCUCCUGGAGCUCACAGUACAGUGCUUUGCACUCAGUACCCGUCACACAGUGACUCCUCCUUGGCCACGGGAAGCUCCGAGGGCAGCCUCCAGACCACCCUGGAAGAGGGUCUGAGCUUCAGCGUCUCCCCCCCCCAAAACCUGGAGCUUCCCCUCCCCAUGGCACCCUUACCCUUGCCACUGCUCUGCCCGCUACCCUUCCCAGACGAGGGUGGGGUGUACCCCCAAGGCCAGACCCUCAGUCCCAGGCCCACCCCUUUGUCCGCGCUCACUCUCCAGGCCACCAGGGGCCACCAGCGGAGCCAGAGCAGUGGCAGAGGCAGCACCAGCCCUGGCUACGGCAGGGAGGACUCCAUGGACCCAUCAGAUGAAGACCUGGGCAUCGGCAUUGGCUCCUCCAUCGGGGGCUGUGGCUCCAGCCAGACAGGGAACAGUGAACACUUGUCUGAGAUGCUGGGCAGCUUGUCGUUGACCUCGUUGCUGUCUCCCAGGUCUCUGGCUCCCCCGGCGGUGAAGAAGUGCAACAGCACAGGCGACCUGGGCCAGGGGGGCAUCUCGGCCAGAGAGGGCCGGCAGAUCGUGGGUCUGGAGCUGGACCCCCAGGGCUUCCUGGCCAACCCCUGGGCUGGGGGACGAGGGGGGCCGGGGGGACGGCCAGUUGAGCCGGGGGAGGUGGGCUUCAAGGGGAAGAGCUCCAGCCAAACAGCUGUGGGCUCCUGCCGGAAAAACAGAUGAAACCUUGAGCAGCCCCGCCUUUUUUUCAAGUCUCUCUGUUCCUAUUGCCUAUUGGAUUAAAAUAACCCAUUACUUUCCCUCUCCAUCCCUUCUGAGGCAGAGAGAAGUCAAGUGAUGUUCCGUGUUCCAAAAUCAACCUACUGCCUUUCCUCACCUACCCACUCUUCUCUAUUUAACUUACACCCCCCCCCCCCCCAUCCUACUUCAUGCUAUCUUGGGAAGUAGUUCAAGUGUGGUCAGUUGGGCAGUCAGAUGGUCGGUGAGGAAAAUGUGGUCCCUGUAGGGAGGUAGAGGGCCCGGGCAGGGUCUUGGAUGGUCAUCUCCCAUUUCGGUAGCCAGAAAUAGGGCCUGGAAGGUUCUGUCCACAUACACACACCAACACUCUGACUGACAGGCAGACAGACAAACAGACCAAGAGGGCUGCUGCAACAAAUCAGGGAGAAACUACACCAGUCAGCAACGACACCAAGAAAGGAUUUAUGAACCAGGAGGAAUUCUAGCUGAAUUCUUGUUAUUGUGUCUGUCUGUCAUUUAUUUAUUUUUGUAUCAGGUUUGGCGUAGUGGAAAUGCCAAAAUAGAAACUGUACUAGCUAAUCAAGCCAAUAGAGAGUGUUUUUGGAUAGGCAGGGUGGUGGAAAGGGCUUGAGGGGAAGGAGGAUGGCAGGAGGAGUAUAUGGAUGUAGAAACAGGUAAGGAUCUUAUAUCCAUCUGUUCUGGCAGAUGGAGACAACAGGUCGCACUCCAUUCUGCUGAGGUGUGGAUAAAUAGAGAGGUGCUGCACAAUUCAGCCUAUGAGGUAGGGCU